UUCACACUACACAGUACACACACAACCAUUUUUGUUGAUUCUUCUUCUUCUUUCUAUCUCUGCUUAAUGAGUGAGUAAAGCUUUAGAGAGAGAGAGAGAAGAAUGGAGAAGGCUCUGACAAAAGUGGGUAGCUUAAAAGUUGGAAGCUUAUGGAUUUCAAAGAAAGCCAAGGAAGAACUCUCUAAUAUCUCUGAGGAAAUCACUACUUUGUCAAGUACAGUUGAGGAGAAAGCAAAGUGGAUUUUCAACAAACUCAAAGGGUCACCACCAAAAACCUUGCCAGAUCUCCUCCGAGAGUACAACUUACCACCGGGACUCUUUCCUCAGAACAUAACCUGUUACGAAUUUGAUGAAACAAAGGCAAGGCUGAUCGUGUAUUUGCCAUCACCGUGCGAAGUUAGCUUCAAGGAUUCAUCUGUAAUAAGGUAUGCAAACCGAGUGAAAGCGAUACUGCUAAGGGGAAAGCUAACAGGAAUUGAGGGAAUGAAAACAAAGGUGCUAGUUUGGGUUAAGGUCACUUGUGUGGCAGUUGAAAGUUCCAAAUCCGAUAAGGUAUGGUUCACUGCUGGAGUCAAGAAAUCUAGGUCCAAGGAUGCUUAUCUAGUUGCCAGUAAUGGUGUUAGGAUAGAAGAUUUCUGACUCUUAAGAAAGAUAAAAGAUAGUAGUUUUUGUUUUAGGUGCUAACUAUUUGUUGGUGUCAUCAACUUGGCUACAUAUAAUACCAAAAUUAUCAAAUUUGUUUUGGUGUUUGUUUUUUUUACUUUUGUUUAGCAAUUAAUGUCAAAAGCUUCUUGUUAUGGGAUUUAGUCAUUAUCAUUGGCUAAUUAAGGUUAGCUUUGAUACUUUUA